AUGUUGGCCAUGCCCACGCUUCGGCAGUCAGCCUGCCACCGGCUACCCACCCGACCGCGGGCCGCGCAGGGGCACCUUCGUACGUAUACGCCGAAGACGACAGCACGCUUCACCUCGAGCUCAUCUGGCGGUUCCGUUGGCCUUGGCCGCGCCAAAGCCGCCCUGUAUGCGACUACCCUCGCCGCGACGGGCUACGUCGGUUAUCUGUACGUCACGGACACGCGUGCCUCGCUCCUCCACCAACACAUCGUCCCGCCGCUACUACGCACUCUCUUCCCCGACGCCGAGGAUGCGCACCACACGGGCUCCGGGGUCCUACAGUUUCUCUACGAGGCGAACCUGCACCCGCGCGAACGUCAGCCCCGCCAUGCUGAGCCCUCCAAGCUCACGACCGAGGUGUUUGGCGCAGCGAUUGACAACCCGGUCGGCAUCUCGGCUGGCCUGGAUAAGGACGGCCAGAUGACGGACAUCUUGUUCGGCCUCGGCGCCGGCGUCGUCGAGGUUGGCGGCAUCACGCCGCUCGCGCAAGCCGGCAACGAGCGCCCGCGGUGCUUCCGCGUCCCCGGGCUCGACGGGCUCGUCAACCGCUACGGCCUCAACUCGCAGGGCGCCGACGCCGUGGCCCAGAGGCUGCGCACGCGCGUCCGCCGCUUCGCCAGGGAGAUUGGCGCCACGGAGGAGGAGGUACUUAACGGCGAGGCCCGCGUGCCGCCGGGCAGCCUGGCUGAGGGCCGGCUGCUCGCGGUGCAGAUCGCCAAGAACAAGGAGACGGACGAGAAGGACCAGGCCGCAGUGGCGGCCGACUACGUGUACUGCGUGAACCGGCUGGCACGGUACGCCGACAUUGUCGUCGUCAACGUCAGCAGCCCCAACACGCCGGGGCUGCGCGACCUGCAGGCGACGGAGCCGCUGACGCGCCUGCUGACGGCGGUGGUGGAGGCGGCGCGCAGGACGGAGGGCCGGCGGCCGCCGCCCAAGGUGAUGGUCAAGGUGUCGCCGGACGAGGACGACGACGCGCAGAUGGCGGGCGUGGUCGAGGCGGUGCACCGCAGCGGCGUCGACGGCGUCAUCGUCGGCAACACGACCAAGCGCCGCACCGGCAUCGUGCCCGAGGGCGUGUCGCUAUCAGCCAAGGACCGGCGCUCGCUGGGCGAGACGGGCGGCUACUCGGGGCCGGCCAUGUUCUCGCGCACGCUGGACCUGGUCGGGCGGUACCGCAAGAUGAUGGACGCGUACGCGCUCGAGGCGGCCGGCGCUGCCGAGGCCGACGCUGCGAAGGCCGACGCUGCGCGCAAGACGCUGUUCGCGACGGGAGGUAUCACCAAUGGCGAGCAGGCUCUGCAGGUGCUCAACGCAGGCGCGAGCGUGGCCAUGGUGUACACGACCAUGGUGUACGGCGGCGCGGGCACGAUUACGAGGAUCAAGGGCGAGAUGGAGAAGCGGGUAUGA